AUGGCGUCGAAGGAGAGCACGCCUGACCAAAGACGCUGGUCGCGCGCUUCCAGCAUUGGCCCAAGGGAUAGCACGCCAGGGGACAACGCUGACAUCAGUAUCAUCAGAUCCGAAUCUGGACAUGGUAGUAAGCGUCCCAAGAGCAAGUCAACUGGCGGCGCCGCAUCAUCAUCAUUUCCCACCGUGGGAAAAAUCAGACACUUGAAAAAAGAAGAUGGAGAACCGCUAUGGCGACGAGACAUCCAAUACGAUUUCCUCAAGGCCGUUUUCGACGACGACAAUAAAGUAUUCACGAACAGCUACGAGCCUAUAGGCGAUGGCAAGGAUAAGCAGACAUUCGCAGACCUCUACGUUGAUACCAUGGCUCGAAGCAGCAAGACAAGUAAGGUUUUGCGGGAUAAGUUGCUUAGUGAUCGUGAAGGUGCAAAGCAUAUGGCCAUGGUGUGCUUGCUCGUUAACGUGGGUCGGAUGAAUACGACGUUGAACUUUUUCCCCGAGAUGCGAGCUCAGCUCCGAACAUAUCAUGCUAUCCCGUCCCUACAAGCUCACCAGGAUACAUCUGCCUACAAGCAGCUACAGGAUGCGCCGAGGUUAAAAUCAAUUCUCAAGGGUGCCGCCGAAGACCGACCAGAACCGCACGAGCUAGGCGAGUUUAAGGGCAAGGACCCCCCACGUUCGAACCCAGUUAACCUCAUCUUCCUCAUAUGCCAGCAAGCGUCUUACAUUGCAGAGUUGCAUUUCCCCCCUGGUGGCGAAUUUCACGAUCUCAUCAUGAAGACUAAUUACACUAGCAAGUCCCGUGCGAGAGCCUUUUUGUGGUUAAUGUGGUUUUACCUCGAGUCUGAUUUUACGGAAGAGGGUUGUGAAGAGAAUCCUUUUGGUGCCGGUGUUGACUACGGCACGGAAGUCGCAAACCAGGGAGUCCCCCAGAUGGAGGAGAUGACAACAGAAGAGGAAGACCGUGAGAAUAUAGACGCGCCAGAGGAGAUUGACUUUGGACGCGAGCGACAAAGUUUUAGGGCCAGGAUCAUCGCCGCUGAUCAAGCUAUAAACGACCCCCGCGACAAAAGAGCUUCCAAAGGAAGAGUUCUAGCCGAUGAAGGCCCAACAGCUGCGAUCCUCCCUCGAAUACGCCCAUCAAAACAUGAGUCAGAUUUAGAUAGCACACGAUCUACUCCGCCACCGAGAGCUUUGUCUCGCAUCGGACUCAAUAGCACUGGACGACGGGGUGGUGCACCGUUAAAGAAUUUGGUCUUUGAAGGUUCGUCUCCCGCAGGGCCAGGAUCGCACGUUAUUGAAGGUAUCGUCCCGCGCAAGCCACGUCCUCCCACUGCGCAUCAACUCGCCGUCGAACGCAACCGUAACCAACGAGUAGAACACAUUCUCGGACGCGGACUGCGUAGACAGCAUCAUCAUGCGCGAAAGAUACGCCGACAGGAAGGUGCAAUCAUGCGAGCAGGACGUCGCCUACAAGCUAUGAAGGACCCAUUUAUGGACAGUGACGAAGAGACAUGGUUGGGAUCGCACAGAGACCAAAAGGGACCAUUUAUAGACCGAGGCUUUGGUGGUCUUUGCCAGCUCGACCAAGAAGAAGACGAUUUCGGCGAGGAAUUUGCUUCGUACGCGGCCUCACUUCGGAGAGCUGAUCGACGACUUCGACGUUGGGACGGACGACUAGACUUGGGGGUCAUAGCCACGGGCAAGAGGCGCACCCAAGGAUCGCGCUACGCGUCGCCGGACGUACACGCCGACCAUGGCAGAAACGGCAGCCCAGGAAAAAUUAGCUCGAAGAAAAAAUCGAACGGCAACGCUAACGGCGAUGUCACGAUGGACGAUGUGGAUGACCUAGAUCCCAUGGAGAAAGAGCUUCUGGGCAUUGGUAGUGGUGGCGAGGAUGGUGAGGAUGGUGAAGACGGUGAGGACGGUGAGGACGGUGAGGAUGGCGAGGGCGAAGGCAGAGACGACUACGAAGACAUUGAUGUUAUUGGCAAGGCUCUGUUGGGACUCGAUGGUUCGGAUGGCACAGAUACAUCCUGA